AUGGCCUGGACUAGCUAUCCAAACAGAAUACGAUUCAAAGACCUGCAAUGCAUUGUACUGGCUGCCUUCGCUUUUGGUCUAAUAGAAAGUAUACCGUCAUCUGAUGUCCCUUCCUCACCUCCUUCGAAUGUUUCUGCGUCUGAAAGCAUCAUAGAUUUUGAGAAUUCUCCAUGUCCGCAGAUCCUCGGCUGCUACUGUGAAAACAACACAGACCCCACUUCCCUUGCUUGCGAUAGAAUUAGCCAUUUUCACAUACUUGAAAUAGUCACUCACUACCCGGAUCUCAAGAGAAUUACUAUUCAACAAUGGAACGAAGACCGACUGUAUUUUCCUUACUUCAUACGCAUGACGAAGUUGGAAGAGCUCGUUUUUCUUCGAUCCAAAUUUACCGAUGUGAUCAGCGGGGCGGAAACGUGGCCAAGCUUGAAGAAUUUGACCUUCUACGACUCGCCUUUGGAUGAACCGACUCUCCUGUGCAAUAUAUUGCGCGUGACGCCCGAAUUGGACGUUCUCGAGCUAACUAAAUUACAACUCACUGUCAUCCCCGAAUGUAUUGCCAAUAAUACGAUCCGCAUUCUACGGCUGAGCCAAAAUCAGCUGACGGCUCUUCGCAGUUUCCCGGCAAGCCUGCAAGAGCUUGAUCUUUCGGAGAAUUUGAUAACGGAAGUUGUCAUACCUGAACAGAUUGUCAAAGUCAACCUGGCGUUCAAUCCAUUGAUGAAGUUGGGACCAGCGACCCUAACGAACCUGACUACAAUUGACCUAUCUUCCAUCGGAAUGGAAAGUCUUCCGACUCUGAAUGCUCCAAAGUUGGAACAAUUCGUAAUGCAGGACAACCAACUGAUUUAUGUGGAUUUAACUAAUUUCAUAACUCCAAAACUUCGAUCGCUUCUAUUCGGCGAAUCUCCAAAGUUAGAACUGGUCUACGGUUCACUGCCAAAAGGGCUCAAAGACCUAUCUAUCGCCGACUCGAAGCUCACACAAAUGCCCCGGAACUUUUUUAAGAACAAUCAACUGGUAAACUUCGAGUUGAGCUCAAAUAACUGGAAUUGCGACGCUUGCAGCUACAGAUGGACCAGUCAGCUGAAAAAUAUCAAAGGCCUGGCUCCAUUCUGUUCAAAGGUUACGAAGCCGGAUCACAAUUGCGAUUAUGGAUGCAGUGCCACACGAACAAACUACAGUAUCACGUAUGGUGAUCACGUGCUGCUUCACUGCGGAUGUCAUGCCUCCCCGGAUGUUGUCCACGAAUGGUAUCUUUAUCGACCACGAACACUACUCGGAAGCUUCGACCCGGCAACUGGAAAAACGACGUACCCACCUAUUAAGAAUGCAACGAAAUUGGAGGGCUUGUUUAAGAUUCUACCCUACGGCCUACUUUUCCCUAAAGCGGAACGCGCACUGAUUGAGAGAUACGUCUGCGUUCUCAAAAAUCCGAAGAAACCCGUCACCUAUCACAUUUCUAGUCUGCGAUUGAACUAUUCGAGUUGGUACACUGGCCUCUUUACUUCGGUUAUCUGGGGCUCCCUAUUGGCUUCUUUGGCUGCUGUACUGAUUAGCUUGAUCUUCAAUGUGCUGUGGAUCGCAUCCCGGGAAUCGAUUCUAUGGUGGAUUAAACGAGCGGAACGCUUGUCGCGUGUCAGAAAAAUGGUCGAAGCCAUGGAAAAAUACAGAACAAGGCAAAUGGAGGCUUUACACGAGGCAUACAGUCGGAAGGUGGAAAAUGUCCGAGAAAACUACCAUGCUCAGGUGGAACAACUUCGGCAAUCAUACACCAAUCAAACACUGAAAUUCCGAGAUUUCCGCGAUGCCAAGAUGGAAAAUGUGACCGCUCACUGGGAUAAUAUGCGAGAAAACUAUGGGCAACAAAUGCACCGCAUUCGCGAGUACGGCAGUCGACGUGCAGAGAUGCUCAUGGAGAGUUACGAACGCCAAAUGAACAGGAUGAGGAUGUUCACAUUACAACAACGACUUCGUGUGAUGAGACAAUACAAGGUGAAGCAGCGGUAUCUGAACAAACUUCUCGAAUCCGUCCAGGAAUCCAGUCAUCCGGAAUUAAUCCGGAAGAAGGAAGAGGAGGUACGAAAGGUAUUGGAGGAUUUGAAAGAAGCCGAGCUACAUGGUGAUUUACAUGACGAUUUGCCGGAGGAGAUCAAUCGGCCCAGUGGACGGUUCUCCAGAUCGUCAUCGUACCAUUCAUUGCCUGAAUUCGUCUUCCGCGAAGACGGAAGCUUUGGCCCAGGGCCUUUUGUUCCGGAAGGUCGAAGCAACACCAUCGUCAGCUACCCGUUGCACCCCAAACAGCCGAAGGAA